UGAGAGUGAAUGUUGAAAAGCGUUUAAUUUGCAUCAAGGUCGCCGGUCCAUUGUCUCAGAAAUAGUAUUCUCGCACAAAAGUUAUUUUUCCUCUCACAGAUGCUAGCCUCUCUAUUAUUUCACUGUUUUAUGCAAAAAUGUUGAUACACUUCUAAAUAUGUUUUUUUUUUUAAUAAGCAUUUUUAUCUUUAAUUAAGCUCAAAUGUAUACAAAGAAAUGCAAAAUAGAUGACAGUUUUGUCUAAUAUGAUUUGAAUUUCCCGCUAUAGGAGGUUAUUUUGAUGAAUAGUGACAUCACCAGUUGUGUGGGCAUCAGGCCUAAAAUUCGUACAUCACUGUGGCGCGAAAUUUAAAAAUUUCAGCUGACGGAACUAAGGGUAAAAGAAACGGCAAAUUCCAUGCAGGAAUUGAUUUAUGCUGGCGAUAUAGUAGUGCAACGAGUGGAUCAUCAACGGUCAUUCGAGAAUCAGUUAUACGUAGGCCGGUAUAGAAACUCGCUCGUAUUGCAUGUACUCUCCGACUUUUUUUAUUCUGGUGCACAGGAACCGGAUUUCCCAGAAGAAUCAAAAUUAAAAGAAAUUUUGUAAAUAUUUACAAAAAUUGUUUGCACCUCGAUAGAUGUUAAUAACCGGGUCAAAAUCUGGCUGCCAGGAAGGUGGAGGAAGUUGUCUAUAAAUUCGCAGUAACUAGUUUGACUCACUUUAUUUGAGGCUUGAGUCCAAGAUGAAUUCAAGUUUACUCAUAUUUACUUCAAUUUUGUGCUUCUUUUUUUUUACCGGACCAAAAGGCAUUUUUGGAUAUUUGUGGCCUAGGCGAAACACAUAUAUGACAAGAUGGGACAAGGUGAAUCUGGAUGAAAUUUUAGACAGUAAAAGGCUCCUGCAACAUUAUUUUAAUUGUCUUAUGUCUCGGGGACCCUGUCCCCCAGACGGUAUGGAGUUAAAAAGUGAGUUUUCUUCACAUUUUAUUACCUUGACUUUCUUGUUUUAUAUGAAUCCAAUAUCAAUGAAAGAAUUCUCUCUAUUACGACUCAACAAACAGGGAAAUUCAUUUUCGCGAUACCAGACGAAAAAUUGGCUAAUAGAAUUUGAACCAGAGAGGUUUGAAAAACUCGCGAACAAGUAUGAUCCUGAGGGUACUUAUCGCCGAAAAUAUCUGGAACCAUCACCUGAUGACAAUAGAGCUUAAUAUCAGUUUUCAGCGAC